UUCAACUGGUCGAGGACAGCCGUCAAGUCGGCAUUUUCUUUCUCUUCUUCUUUCUCCUCGGCAGUCUUGGCUACUGCCGCAGCAGCAAGAAGAUCGUCGGCCAGGACGUUUCGAUCUUUUUCCUAUGACAUGACGCUCUUCUUUCGUCCCAAUCCAUCUUUUGGCUUUGUCGUAUCAUCCUCGCCCGUCUCUGGAUUUACUUCGGGAGGACUCAUGGGCAGCGGGACUUUUUGCGCGCCAUUCAAGAUAGCUUCUUCGGGAUUCUUUUCGACCUUCUCUGCCACACCUCCCGGACCCUCAGUUGGACGUAUUGGCAGUGGAGGCGGUGUACCUUCAGGUUCUUGUGCGAUGAGAGCGAGCCUCUCAAGGAACUUCUGGUCUUCGUCGUCAAGCAUGGGCGACGCCGCUGGUUCCUCACCUGGGGUGCUCACGACUGGUGCAGGUGGUGGAGACGUCAGGGCUUCGGUAGGUUCGUUCGUCUGCUUUGACUGCCGCCGUAGCUUCUUCACAUUGAAAUAUAAGAGGGCCAUGGUGUAUGUGUCCAAGAUCCACUGUGCAGGAAGACGCAAAGUUCCAGUGAGCUUUUGAA